AUGAGGCAACGGCUGGAACAUAUGAAAGGGCGUCAUGAAGAGAUCGUCGAGAGCAUGACGAAGGGAGAGGUUCCGGUGCGAGAGAUGGGAAGCGUGGGCAAGGAGCUCGGGCGGCUAGAGGCCGUGCUGGACUUGCAGGCGAAGGUGGAGGAGAAGGCCGCAGAAAUCCAAGACCUCGAGGAGGUGAUGCAAGCGACCAACGCGGGCGGAGCGGAGGCCGACCGAGAGAUGCACGGCAUAGCCAAAGAGGAGCACGCCGACUGCACGGCGGCCUUGGAGAAGCUCAGGCUGGACCUCACGAGUCUGCUCCUGCCCAGAGACGAAGGGGAUUCGAAGAAUGCCCUCCUGGAAGUGAGGAGCGGCAGCGGGGGGGACGAGGCGGCCGCCUUCGCGAAGGAGCUGUUCGAGAUGUACCGGCGUUUCGCCGAGCUGAAGGGCUGGAAGUUCGAGGGGAUGACUUGCAGCUCCAUCGACGCAGGUGGGUACCGAGAAGCUUCAGCGUCCAUUCGUGGGGAAGACGUUUACGGGUCUCUCAAGUUCGAGAACGGCGUGCACAGGGUGCAAAGGGUGCCGUCUAACUCGCCGCGUCUGCACACCAGUGCGGCAUCGGUGGUGGUCAUGAUGGAGGCCGAGGAAAUGGAUCUCAAGCUGGAACAGAGCGACCUCCGCUUCGAGGCUUUUCGGGCGAGCGGGGCCGGUGGGCAGCACGUCAACACCACCGAAAGCGCCGUCCGGAUAACACACGUGCCCACCGGCAUCACGGCGUCCAUACAGGACGAGCGGUCGCAGCACUCCAAUAAGGAAAAGGCCCUCAAGGUGUUAAGAUCAAGAGUGUUCGAGGUGAGGCGGGACGAGAUUGCGAGGAAGGAGGCGGCCGUGAGAGCUUCCGCGGUAGGGUCCGGAGACCGCUCCGAAAGGAUUCGCACGUACAACUUCCCGCAGGACCGCAUCACCGAUCACCGCGCGAACUACUCGCGGCACGGGUGGGAGGCGAUGAUGCGAGGCGAGAUGCUAGGGGAUUUUCUCGAGGCUAUGAGAGACAAGACUCAAUCGGAGCAACUCAAGGCCGCCGGCUUGCAGCAGAAGCAGCAGUAG